GUCUCAUCUAAGUGCAACAGGAACUGUUUCAUAGCUGGAUCACUGAAAAUGUCCAAGAAACGAGGUGUUAGUGCUGAAGAAAAGAGAAUCAGAAUGUUGGAGAUAUUUCACCAAAGCAAGGACUUCUUUCAACUUAAGGAAUUAGAAAAAAUAGCCCCCAAAGAGAAAGGUAUAACAAUGCAAUCAGUGAAGGAGGUUGUACAGAGCUUAGUUGAUGACCAUCUCGUUGAUUCGGAAAAGAUUGGUACUUCUAUAUACUUUUGGUCUUUCCCCAGCAAAGCAAAGAAUGCUCAGAAAAGAAAGCUACAAGAGUUACAAAACCAAUUGAAUGAUACAACCAAGAAAUUGAAAAAGACAGAAGAAACUAUUGCUACUGAAUCAAUGGGACGUGAACCCAAUGAGGAGAGAAAACAGAUACUUGAAGCACUAGAUACAGUCACAAAGCAAGAAAUUGAACUGAAGAAGGAAUUACAAAAGUACAGGGAUAAUGAUCCCGAAUACAUUUCACAGAUCAAGACAGAGACUAAGACUUUGAAAGUAGCUAUAAACAGGUGGACAGAAAAUAUCUACAUACUCAAAUCAUAUAUAAUGAAUAAUUUUCAUAUGGAAUCUGAUGCAAUUGAUCAACACUUUAACAUUGCCCCAGACAUGGACUACAUUGAAGAUUUGUAGAAAACAUAGCAUACAUUUUGUGACAAGUUGUAAUUGUUGAUUUGAAGUAGUUUUUUCAUUAAAUUAUUUGUAGUUCAA